AGUCCGGGACCGGGCCACCCACCCGGCAGACGGGCUCGCCGGGGCUCUGGGCUUUGAAGCCUCUUGGAGGCAGACGAAAGCCGGGGGCCCGGCUGCUGUGUCCCCCUCCCGGGCCCAGUGUCCCCGCUCCUUCGGGGCUCCCACUAGGGUCCGCGAUGGACCGCGGCGGCGAGAGCGAAGUGGACUUUUCGAGUCACAACAUUACCCCUUUGUGGAGGAGGCGAUCCACCCCGCAGCCCCAGCGCCUAGUCCGGAGCAAGCCCAGACCCCAGUCCUAUCAGAGCCCCACGGGGCUGCUGAUCACGGAUUUCCCUGUGGAGGACAGAGGGGUGUUCACGAGCAAGGAGCCUUGCCACAGUGGGAGCAUUUCUUCGGCUUCACCUUCUCCAUCUCCGUCGCCAGACCGCAGGAUGCCCCAAAGGAGCCCUCUGCCGUGGUGCCCUAACAGAGGGCCUGUGGCCAAUGGGAAGGCUCUCCCUCUGGAUUUUAGAGCUAUCUCCCAGAGGCUGCCGGCCGAAAAGUCACCCCGGGGCCAUAGGAUGGUGGCCAACCCUUCUGUCAGCUACCCGGGUACAGUCGCAUCCCCAGAGACUCAAGUAGGGCACCCCCUUAGGAUUUGCAAUGCUUCUAUCCCAAGCAGCCCGGCCCAAGAACUGGUGGGAUUGAACGUCAGUACAGGGUCUUCACUCAGCGCAUCUGUGCCUUCUCUUAACAACAAUUCUACUGCUCCCCUACAAUCACCACCCGGCCAGACUGCCAGGGACCCGGAAUGGGCGCCUUUGAAACUCUCACCCUGCCCACAAAGGACUCCCCCUGAGCAAAAACUGUCUCUCCAGCGGCUGCCUUCCAACUCAGAAAAGCCUGUGGUCAUCCUGAGUACCAACAGCCCAGCUGCCCUCAAAGUAGGGAAGCAACAAAUUAUCCCGAAGGGCUUGGCUUCUGAGAUUAAAGUCAGCAAAUCCAGCAGUCAAAACUCGGAGCCCCAUAAGAGGGUCCUAAAGGUCCGAAGCAUGGUGGACCCCAUUAGUGCCCCACUGAUCCCUGCAAGUGAUGGGGAAGGAGAAGCUGAAAGUGACCUAGACAGUCCUGGGUCCCUGAGGAGAGGCUUGAGAUCCACUUCCUACCGCAGGGCUGUCUUCAGUGGUUUUGAUUUUGACAGUCCCAUCAACUCCAAGAAGAAAAACAGAAUGUCCCAGCCAAGUCUUAAAGCGGUCAUGGAAGACAAAGAAAAGAUCUCUAGUUUAGGAAGGAUUAAGAAGAAAAUGCUGAAAGGCCAAGGAACGUUUGAUGGGGAAGAAAAUGCUGUGUUGUAUCAGAACUACAAAGAAAAAGCUCUUGAUAUUGACUCUGAUGAAGAUUCAGAGCCUAAAGAGCAAAAACCAGAUGAAAAAAUCGUAAUUCACUACAAGCCGCUGAGGUCCAUGUGGAGCCAGCUUUCUGCGGUGAAAAAGAAUGGAUUAUCCCAAACUAUUAGCCAGGAGGAAAGAAAGAGGCAAGAGGCUAUGUUUGAAGUAAUAUCCUCGGAACAUUCCUACUUACUCAGCUUGGAGAUCUUGAUACGGAUGUUUAAAAAUUCUAAAGAGCUGAGUGAUACAAUGACCAAAACUGAGAGCCACCAUCUUUUCUCCAACAUCGCUGAUGUCUGUGAGGCCAGCAAAAAAUUUUUUAAAGAAUUAGAAGAAAGACACCAAAAUAAUAUCUUCCUAGACGAUAUAAGUGACAUUGUAGAAAAGCAUACAACAUCCACAUUUGAUCCAUAUAUAAAAUACUGUACAAAUGAAGUCUACCAGCAACGGACUUUACAAAAGUUAAUAGCAACUAAUCCAUCUUUUAAGGAAGUAUUAUCUCGGAUUGAAUCCCAAGAAGAGUGUAGGAAUUUACCUAUGAUCUCUUUCCUCAUUCUCCCCAUGCAGAGAGUUACACGUCUUCCCUUGCUGAUGGAUACCAUCUGUCAGAAAACACCUAAAGAUUCACCAAAAUAUGAAGUUUGCAAACGGGCUCUGAAAGAAGUGAGCAAGUUGGUUCGUUUGUGUAAUGAAGGGGCACGGAAGAUGGAACGGACGGAAAUGAUGUACACAAUUAAUUCCCAGCUGGAAUUCAAAAUAAAGCCAUUCCCUUUAGUAUCGUCCUCUCGCUGGCUGGUCAAAAGGGGUGAACUGACUGCCUAUGUAGAAGACACUGUGCUUUUCUCCAGAAGGACUUCCAAACAGCAGGUCUACUUCUUUCUCUUCAACGAUGUUCUCAUCAUCACAAAGAAGAAGAGUGAAGAAAGUUAUACAGUCAAUGACUAUUCUUUGAGGGAUCAGCUGUUGGUGGAGCCUUGGGACCAUGAAGAAAUGAAUUCUUCUCCCCUGAAGAACAGCUCCACCAUGCUCUAUUCCAGACAGAGCUCUGCCAGUCACCUGUUUACUCUGACAGUUCUCAGUAACCAUGCAAAUGAGAAAGUGGAAAUGCUUCUGGGAGCUGAGACUCAGAGUGAACGAGCUCGCUGGAUAACUGCCCUGGGGCAGAGCAGUGACCGGCAGAGCUUGGACAGGACCACGCUGACCCAAGUGGAAAUCGUCCGCACGUUCACAGCCAAGCAGCCGGACGAGCUGUCCCUUCAGGUGUCGGACGUGGUCUUGGUUUACCAGAAUGUCAGCGACGGUUGGUAUGAAGGUGAACGGCUACGGGACGGUGAAAAGGGCUGGUUUCCCAUGGAGUGUGCCAAGGAGAUAACCUGCCAGGCGACAAUAGACAAGAACAUGGAGCGGAUGGGACGGUUACUUGGACUUGAGACAAAUGUCUAGCUCCCCCCGAUGGCUCCCUUGGGGGAUGGCAGGAUUUGCACUAAACGUUAGUGGUGGGCUGGCUGGUUUUUGCUAGUUUUAUUAUUUUAUUAUAUUUUUUAACACAGCCUAUUUUAUUAAAUGAAAAUAAAAAUCACU